GCAAGUCAGAGGUAGGUGGAUAGACUGGCUCUGGCGAUAGGACUAUGUUGGCCAGAAAGAGCAUCAUCCCUGAGGAGUAUGUGCUGGCGCGAAUCGCUGCGGAGAAUCUGCGCAAGCCGCGCGUGCGAGACCGACUCCCCAAAGCUCGCUUUAUUGCCAAGAGCGGGGCUUGCAACCUGGCGCACAAGAACAUCCGUGAACAAGGACGCUUUCUUCAGGACAUCUUCACCACCUUAGUGGACUUGAAAUGGCGUCAUACCCUGGUCAUCUUUACCAUGUCCUUCCUCUGCAGCUGGCUACUCUUUGCCAUCAUGUGGUGGCUGGUGGCCUUUGCCCAUGGGGACAUCUAUGCUUACCUGGAGAAAAGUACAGUGGAGAAAAGUGGGUUGGAAUCAACUGUGUGUGUGACUAAUGUCAGAUCGUUCACCUCUGCUUUUCUCUUCUCCAUUGAGGUUCAAGUGACAAUUGGAUUUGGAGGGAGGAUGAUGACAGAGGAAUGUCCUCUGGCCAUAACAGUUUUGAUUCUCCAGAACAUUGUGGGUUUAAUCAUCAAUGCAGUCAUGUUGGGCUGCAUUUUCAUGAAAACAGCUCAAGCUCACAGAAGGGCAGAAACUUUGAUUUUCAGCCGCCAUGCUGUGAUUGCUGUUCGAAAUGGCAAGCUGUGCUUCAUGUUCCGAGUGGGUGACUUGAGGAAAAGCAUGAUCAUUAGUGCCUCAGUACGCAUUCAGGUGGUCAAGAAAACAACCACACCUGAAGGGGAGGUGGUGCCUAUUCAUCAAGUGGAUAUUCCAGUUGAUAACCCUAUUGAAAGUAAUAACAUUUUUCUAGUGGCCCCUUUGAUCAUCUGUCAUGUGAUUGACAAGCGCAGUCCCCUGUAUGAUAUUUCAGCAACUGAUCUAGUCAACCAAGAUCUGGAGGUCAUAGUCAUUCUGGAAGGAGUGGUAGAAACUACUGGUAUUACCACACAAGCACGCACCUCCUACAUCGCUGAGGAAAUCCAAUGGGGCCACCGCUUUGUGUCUAUUGUGACUGAGGAGGAAGGUGUGUACUCUGUGGAUUACUCCAAAUUUGGCAACACUGUCAAAGUAGCUGCUCCACGAUGCAGUGCUCGAGAGCUGGAUGAGAAGCCUUCCAUACUUAUUCAGACCCUUCAGAAGAGUGAGCUGUCCCACCAAAAUUCUCUGAGGAAGCGCAAUUCCAUGAGAAGAAACAACUCCAUGAGAAGGAAUAAUUCCAUUAGAAGGAAUAACUCUUCCCUCAUUGUGCCAAAGGUUCAAUUUAUGACUCCAGAAGGAAAUCAGAACACAUCAGAAUCAUGACAGCAAGACAACUCCAGAGAGUUUUUUAUUAAAUUUUGAAAGCUUGCUUUGGGCACUCUCAGACUGACCUAGAGCUGAAACACAAAUAGUUGUGUUUCUACAUUUCAAUGCACUAAAUGAUAUUCAUAUUCAGAGAAUAACACUUUUUAUAUCAAUAAACAAUAA